GCAGUUGUGACAUUACGUAAUGAGUGAUCCUGCAUGUGUUUAUUCCAAAGCAUGAUGUUUGAAGUUUUAAAUUUGAUAGCUUUCCAAAGAAAAUGGCAUGCAUUGAAAUGACACAGAAGUAUAAGAAGGCGUUAAGAACCAGUUCAUCAAAUUCCUAAGUCCAGGGGCUGGAAAUGGUUUUUGUUCAGAGAGAUGUAAAGAAUUCCAUAUCAGACUUUCAUUUGAAUCUUAUUGUACAAAUUUAUUCUAGUUGGUGAUCAUUUCACCCUUAAAAAGGAAAGAAAAUGUGGAGACAUUUAUUACAAAACCAGAGAAGAUAUCUGAAAAUGUUCUCAUCAUUAAAUCAAACAAAACAUGCUCUGUUAAGGUUUUCGUCUGGCCCAUAUGAUAACGUCGGGAUCAACAAAAUAUAUAGAAAUAGGAGUUGUGUAAAUUUCUGUUUCUUUUCCACAAAACAGACCUUACAAAAUGAAACUGAAAAUACAAAUUUACAUAUAAUUGAUAAAGAAAAACUGACUGUGAUGGAAAUGCUUGUAAAUAAGGCUCCUUCUGGUCUUCAACCAUAUUUAAGAUUAAUGAGAGCUGAUAAACCCACAGGCACUUGGUUACUACUGUGGCCAUGUUACUGGAGUUUAUCCCUUGCUGCUGCUCCAGGUUGUUUACCAGAUCCUUCUUUACUUGCUUUGUUUGGAAUUGGUGCCUUUUUGAUGAGAGGCGCUGGCUGUACAAUCAAUGAUUUGUGGGACAAAGAUAUAGAUGCCAAAGUUUUACGAACCAAACAGCGUCCUUUAGCAAGCGGAGACAUAAGUGUUUUAGAUGCAUGGAUGUUUCUUGGUGGACAGUUGUCACUUGCUCUUCUUGUCUUGCUCCAGCUUAAUUGGUACAGCAUUGUUCUUGGAUCUAGUUCUCUGGCUUUCAUUGUAGCAUAUCCUCUAGUGAAAAGAUUUUCAUAUUGGCCUCAACUUAUGUUGGGGUUAACUUUCAACUGGGGAGCCAUGCUUGGUUGGUCUGCAUUGCAUGGAACCUGUCAGUGGUCAGCUGUGUUGCCCUUGUACUUAGCUUGUGUGUCAUGGACUAUGAUUUAUGACACAAUUUAUGCUCAUCAGGAUAAAGUAGAUGAUGUUAUAAUAAAAAUUAAAUCAACUGCUCUAAAAUUUGGAGAAGAUACAAAAUACUACCUUGCUGGUUUUUCUUCUUCAAUGUUAACAUUUUUAAUCCUGGCUGGUUAUUCUGCUGAACAGACUUGGCCUUUUUAUACAUCCGUUGGCGUAACUGGAGCAUUACUAUUAACACAGAUAAUAUCAUUAAACAUCAAUGAUCCGCAAAGUUGUUGGAAGGCAUUCAAGUCAAAUACAAGAAUAGGACUUAUUAUAUUUUUAGGAAUAACUGGCAGUAGUUUGGCAAAAAAGCAUGUUGACUUCAAAAUGAAGAAAAGUAAUUUAAUACAGCAAGAAUCUUUUCUACCAGAAUCAGAGAUUACUUUGAACAAGGCUUUUUCAUGAUAUGUUUUAUGUAAUGUAUAUAUAAUGGAUUGUUUUAAUUAUGAAAUUAAGAUAUAGUCACAAUUAAUUUAUUAAAUUCAUUACCAAAUGAAUUGUUUCAAAUUUUAGUGUGAUGUACAUAACGUUUUGAGUAAUUGUUCAUUUUCCAUGUUAUAUCUGUCCAAAAGAAUUUUAAUAUUCAUCUGUCCUGUAAUAGAAUAUCAGAUAGAAAAAGUAAAAUUGGCUUAAUACAUAUAGCGAAA